CAGAAUUAAUAAACGAAAACAGGCCUGCUUCUCGACUUCAGAGUUACAAGAAGAAAACAGAAAGAUGGUGCUUGGAAGCUCCAUCUCCAACACAAGAAAAUUCUUCCAAAAAACUAUCGACAACGUCAAAUCAUUUUUCUCCAACAAUGCUACCUAUCACAAACUACCUAAAACACCUAAUAACAUUUCCAUCAACGAUCAUCAUCAUCAAAACCCAAAUAACAUCAUAUCAUCAUCAUCGACAUCAUCCAUACAUAAGCAGUUACAGCCUAAAUCCAGAGACUAUGUGACCAAAAACAGAGUUCUGACUCAACCACCGAGAAGAGGAGACAGAGAUGAGACACUCUUUUCCAAACCAAAGGUUGAGCUUGUUCUCCUAAAGCUACAAGAGAUGGAGGCGAUAAUGAAUGCUGAUAUAAUAAAUGAUGAGGAACAUGUCUUAGAUGUUCGGGAGUUCCUCGAUUGCUACUCUCGCCUUCGUUGCGCUGCUUACAUCGAUGUGGUUGAGAAGUUUUUUAUGGAGGUCUACUCUGAUUUGUUUAGCCCUCAACCUCUCGAGCACAACUGAUGGAUAUUCUGAUAUGAUGAUCUGUCUUCUUUAUUUUAUUUUAUUUUUUGCUUGUCAUUUUUUUUUUAACUUCAUGAUCUUAUUCCCUGUUGUGUGGCUGUAUUUUACUGGUUUUAUUUUUACUCUAUUUUAUGUUUCUUAUGACUUGUAAUAAUGAUAAAAACAAUUUGCUUAAAGUUGUUCGAGUUAUGAUCAUUCUAUAAGAUCAUAAUAAGGACUUAUGUUGGUUA